CUCGCCAUGCCGAUGAAUCCAUUGAGAGAAUUUCGCAGCGUUAGUCAUCGCAACAACUAUCCGCAGUGUGUGUAGUAGUCGCCUAUAGCCUCUCUUGCACCUCUUGCACUUGAGAUCCACAGUGGGCGCCGUGCGGGGCUUGGCUACAGACACACUCUCUGUGUCUCUGUGCACUGCGUGCGUGAUUUCUCUUGCACCCAGCUGCAGAGGUUUAACACAGUCGACCGGCAUGGGUCGAAGGCGGUGUGCCGGUGGGUGCCCGGGUCAUUAGGGUGUAUGCGCAGGACGUUGCGAGCCGACGCCAGUGACCGGGCAGGUGAUGUUUGCUCACGUAAGCCGCUCGCGUUUGAUGAGGGGCGCAGGGGACGCGGCUGGAGGGUGCGCGCUACUGUUGCAUCGCCUCACCGGAUAAGCGCUGCUAUCUCAUCCUGUCCGUCAGUUCCUCCCCGGUUUUCUGUUCUCUUUUUUAUUUUUUUGCUCGCCGACUAACGGGUUUGCAGAAGUGGGACUCUUUUGACGAUCGAAAGAAGUGGAUAAAGGACCCGAUCUUGCGUGUGCGUGUGCGUGGAGUGCGUAUCAUUUCUUGUGAUUCCCCUGUACGCGCAAGCCGCUUUUUUUUUCAUUCCAGAGAGGCAAUGCGCCCACCCAUGCGAUGCUAGCCUAUUAGCUGGAGGAGAGAGAGAGAGAGAGAGAGAGAGAGAGAGAGAGAGAGAGAGAGAGAGAGAGAGAGAGAGAGAGAGAGAGAGAGAGAUUUCAGCCCUGGAUUCGAGAGGAGGCUAAUUUACGAGUCUUGUUUUGCCUUUCAGGAAAAGGGGAGAUAAGAGGGGGAGGGUGGUUGGUGAAGGAGAAUGCAGCAAUCACAUUUUUAAGCAUGCAGAAGCGGGCCGUUUCCGGUUCCUAGGCUGGUGUGUCCCCCCAUCCGAGGCCAGCAGCCGUAUGGGGAAAGCAGCGGCAGACACAGAUGGCAUGGACACUUCCACAAGGUCUGCCGCUCUGCCCUGCCUGCUCUGCCGGAGCCCGUUCGCCGCCGUCUCUCUCUUCCAGCUCGCUCCGCCGCCCAGCAGCACUGCAGCACAGCACAGGCUGACGGCAUGAGGCUUGAUCCAGUGCAUUUCUCCAUGCUGGUCAUCGGGGUCUCCUUCGCCUGUUACGCCCCGAGUCUCAACUCCCUCCAGGACCAGGCGUACCGAUCCGCCGUGGUCAUCGAGGGCGAGGUGCGCUCCUCCCCGGAGAACGUCUCCUCCCGGGAGCCCUACAGUGUGAAUGUCAAAGUGCUGGACGUGUGGCCCGUCAACAGCGGCGGCCUCGAGAGGGAGCAGCUCGUGACCGUCGGGGACUUCGGUUCCGAGGCCCCGUGCACCACAGUGGAGAAGGACCACAGAUAUAUCUUUUUCAUGGACCCCACUGCUGAGCCCUUGGUAUUCAAGGCAUCGUACGCCCCUGUGGACGCCAGCGAGCCGGAGCUGAAGAAGGAUGUGGAGAAGGUGUUGUGCGAGGACUGCGCCUCUGCUCCUAAGCUUCGUCUGACGCGAGGCCAGUCUCUGGUGGAAGGAGACAAGCUGUACUUGAAGUGCGAGGCGUCGGGGAAUCCCAGCCCUUCCUUCCGCUGGUACAAAGAUGGACAUGAGCUUCAGAAAGGCAGAGACCUAAAAAUAAAGACCAACAAGAAAAACUCAAAGGUGCAGAUCAGUCGCGUCCGUGUGGAAGACUCUGGCAACUACACCUGUGUGGCUGAAAACUCACUAGGACAAGAAAACAUCACGAGUAUAAUCAGCGUGCAGAUCUUGACCACCACCACCACCCCGUCUUCAGGUGUGAGUCACGCGAGGCGCUGCAACGACUCGGAGAAGGCCUACUGCGUCAAUGGAGGAGACUGUUACUUCAUACAUGGUAUUAACCAGCUGUCCUGCAAGUGUCCCAAUGACUAUACGGGGGACCGCUGUCAAAACUCCGUCAUGGCCGGUUUCUACAAGCUGCUCAGAAUUGAAUUUAUGGAGGCUGAGGAGCUCUACCAGAGGCGGGUGCUGACGAUCACAGGCAUCUGUGUGGCGCUGUUGGUGGUUGGCAUCGUUUGUGUGGUGGCCUACUGCAAAACCAAGAAGCAGAGGCAGAAGAUGCACAGUCACCUACACCAGAACCAGAAUCAGUGUGUGGAGCAACCCAACCGCAUGCUGGCCAACGGCCCCAACCACCCCGGGCCCGGGCCCGAGGAAAUCCCCAUGGUUGACUACAUCUCCAAGAGCAUCCCAACGACAGAGUGUGUGAUCAGCCACGGAGCUGAGGGUGCAGGCAACUACGCAGGCAGCCGAAUGUCUACGCGCUCCCACCACUCGACCACUGCCUCACAUGCUUCCAGACACGAGGAGCAGACGUGGAGCAUGGAGCGAACAGAGAGCAUGAACUCAGACUGCCAGUCAGGUGGGCUGUCCAGCUCUGUGGGAACCAGUAAGUGCAGCAGCCCGGCAUGCAUGGCGAGGAGGGCCCAUUGGGGCUGCACGGACAUGUCUGGACCGGGAAUGCAGUACGGGGAUUCCUAUGACUCUCUAAGAGACUCGCCUCACAGUGACAGGUAUGUGUCGGCGCUGACCACGCCAGCGCGCCUGUCUCCCGUGGAGUUCCACUACCCCCCGUUGCCGCCACAGGUGCCCACCUUCCACAUCACCUCGCCCAACACAAGCCACGCCCUCUCCCUGCCCCCUGCCGCUGCUGCCUACCACAGAGAGGACGACCAGCCGCUGCUACGAUGCCCCGAUGAUGGAAGUUUAUACAGGCAGCCCCGGCGUCCGAGGCGACCCUACCUGACGGAGAGCACCGGAAGUCUACCGUCCAGCCCCUACCGCCUCGCUGACGACGAGGCUUACGAGACCACGCAGGAGUACGCCUCUUCGCGGGAACCCAUCCGGAGCCGGCGCCGCCCGCGACGCAACCGCCUCAAUGGACACAUCUCCCAGCGUUCAACGGGCCUACGGGACUACAGCUCACAGAGUUUCAGCCAGUCAGAGGAGGAGGAUGAAGAGGAGGAGGAAGAGGAUGGUCACGGGGAGAGCACACCUUUCCUUAGUAUGCAGAACAUGAACAUGGACCCGCCCUUAACCCUUCCGGGUUUCCGUUCGUCUUCUGGUGCGGACACACGGACUCACCGCGGGCUGAGUCGGCCAGGGACACGCAGCAACGGGCAGAGCCGCGGCUCCCAGUCGCAGCGCUCCAAGGCUGACAACAUGCCCCUUUAAGACUUAACCUGCCCCCCUGCCACCACCCACCCCUCCACCUCACACACUCCCCUUCCUCCUACAGUACACACAACCAGUGGACUAGAGACCUGCACCUAGGAGAAAUAUUUUUAUUUUGUAUAACAGACAGAUAUUCUAAACAAAUGAAAUAUUUAUUUUCAUUUCAGCAAAAAUUGUCUACUAGCUAACAGCAAAGACUUUUUUUAUAACGGGGGGGAAAUAUUUAUAUGUAAAGUUUUUUGAUUUACAGCAUUAUGAGAGAUGAAAAAAUAAGAGAAUUACGUGCCAAUUUUUUCACAAGUUAGAUAAAUAGAAUAAUAUUGUGGUGCCUUUUGCUGUAUGCUGAAGUCGGAGGUCCCAUUGAGUUUUUGUAGCCUUUCUUAUAAAGACUCCUCGUUUUUAUAGAGACCAACCAUAUUCCUUCCUAUUGCUUUGGUUUUUUCUCUGAUUUGGGAUCUUCCUCUUUUUGAACUGUGAUCUGAUUAUGUCAUCAUGCAAUAUUGAUUCCUCCUGUGUAAAAGGUGUCUGUUUACAUGAGUAUGAUCCACGCGAUGCGCUCGUUUCACAGGGACAUUUGGUCACUGACGCAAUCGGAAGUGUAGGGUAGUUUUUCUCGGAUGAUUUUUGGAUGAAUCACAUCGGCCAUUUAUGUCCUCGUUCGCUACCUGUCAGUCAUUUGUUGUUAUUUCUGUGAAAACAAGAGUGUUAGGUAGUUGUUGAGGGGAAGUAACUCCAGAUUCCUGCGUAGGUGUUCAGGGUGCUGUCAUGAUGUUGGUGUUGUGUGUGUGUGCGUGGCUGCGUGCGUGGCUGCGUGCAUGGCUGCAUGCGUGCGUGCGCGCGUGUGUGUGUGUGUGUGUGUGUGUGUGUGUGUGUGUGUGUGUCUGUGUGCGCGCGUGUGUGUGUAUGCGUGUGCGUGCGUGCAUGUGUGUGUGUACACCUCAUGAAACCUCAUUUGGUUUGGCGCCUCCGUUCACCUUGGAAAGUGUGGUCUCUUGUUUGACUGACAUGCUCCUCUCACCAAUCCUCACGCUGCCACAAGCUUCAUUGCACUGUAAGAACCUCCCUCCGUGAGCAGUCAUUGGCCAGGGAGCUGCCAAUCCAAACCGAACCUAACCAAUCCAGUUGUAAUCCAGCCUGACUCUGGCCUCCCGUGGACUGCCCAGCCCGCCCGUUUCCUAUGCCAGCAGCUUAGAGCCGCACUGUGUCUCAGGACUUCCCCAUCGCAUCACAGCCAAAAGACUCAAAGCAGAGAGCGCACGUCAUCUCAGUCACAGUUCAGUCCGCAGGCCAGAUCCACAUCCCCUCACUCUCCUUCCUGUCUGUCUGUCAGGUUUGUUGCAUUCACUCAUGGCCAUGAUUAAAGGAGCGUGGGUUAAAAACUCUUGGAAUCAGAAGGGUGAUUCAGUUGCUUUUUUUUUUUUACUUUAAAAGGUUGUGUGUAUGUGUAAGUGGGCAUGUGUGUCACUGUGUGUGGGUCACGAUGAAAGAAUGAUGCGGAGACCACAUCUGUUCACUAUGUUGCAGGGGCGUAACUAGGAAAAUUCUGGGCCCCCUGAGAGGAAGAUAAUGCUCUGGGUUCCCCCGUUUUCUCUUUUUUUCUUACUAAUAUAAGCCUGCUACUUUACGGGCCCUCCCAAACUGUGGGCCCCUGGAAUCGCCACCACCUUUCACCCUCUGUAGCGAUGACACGGCUCUAAUGGGGAAAAAACGCUUGUAGGUCGCUGCGUGCAGGUUCACACUGCUAGAGAGUGAGUUUCUGAGUCUGAUUCUACUUUUUUUCUUUAGCUCACAGCCAAACGGUGGUAUAUGAUAAUACUGAUUACUGCAUCCUUGAUUUGCAUUCCUAUACCUUUAUUGAUUGAACUUCUUUUGCUUGGUCAUAUUGACUGAAUGAUCUGUUAUCUGUCUGUCUAUGUCAGCCCCCUCCACCUCACAUCGCCCCUCACGUUCAUCUCGUCUUUCUCACCCCCUUCACAAGCAACUAGCAGGUGAAUUUAGGCCCCAUCUCCAGAUGAGUAUACUGAACAGCACACUAACAGCAGGCUGAUCACGUCAGAAACUCUUCACCUUCAGAUACACGUCGGGUUUAGAGACCCUUCCAAGCUCACUGAGGAAAAUUAUACUGUGUCAGAUACAAUACGUGUCCCUAUUAGAGUUAAUUUACAAUAAGUGGAGUUUUUGUUCUUUUUUUUCACACAGGAGAUGCAUGGAUCACAGACAUAGAAAGUAUUUUAAAAAUGGUGAAAACCCCCUUCAGAUUCAGGGGAAUCAUGCUAGAAAUUUAUUUAAAAAAACAAAAACAUUUUUGGGUUCAUGGCCCAAAAGGUCUGGAUAGUUAUGUCUUACUAUCACUGUAUUCAAUCUGGGAUUUACAAUGUGGAAAUACUGCAAGUGAGGGUAGUGUGCUUUUAGAGCUAGUUGAAUUGUUAACACCCCCCCCCCC